GCUGGCUUUGUUAGGUGGGGGAAUAGGUUGCAAAAAGGUCACGUUUUUUUUUUUUUUUUGUAACUUAAAAGAGAAAUACAAAAUCGAUAAAAGGGGGAAAACGCAUUAACCCCUUCUGGCUCCGGUAAGUUGAAUUUCAAAUCGAUCCGCACCUCUGUUCGCCGGCCAGCAGAAGAUCACCAACUCCGAUUCCGGGCGGCAAGGCAUUCAUCGAACUCAGUCGUUACGAACAUUGGCAAGCCUCCCGUCUUCUUAUAGCUACAUCCAUCUCUCGUCCGCUGAUCGCCUUAAUCGGGCGACUGUUGAUUGAGAUCUCGGAUAAGAAAGAAGCAAAUAAAUUGAACGACGUGAUUUCCAUGGGCGAUUCCCCGGGUUCCGAGUCGAAGACCGGCGUCGACGCGGCUAGAAUGGGGGAAGUUAAGGCGUGGCUCGCAUCUCAAUUCGAGGCGAUCGGGAAAGAAGUUCCCGAUUUCGAGUACACGCCUCGCACCAUCGCUCAUUUCCACGAUUUGGCUACCGUCUCUCAGGCCAAGACCAAGGCGGCGAACAUCGUCGCCGCUGAUUUCCGCCAGAAAGCCGCCGAGUACCGUGCUCAAGCUGCUAGGGUUAGAGAGAUAUUGGAGCAUGUGGGACUAGCACAAGAGAGUUUGCCUUCCAAUGUGGUGGGUUCGGCUCAAGUUCUGGCAAAUGUGGCUAACUUGUUGAACAUAAGAGACACUGAACUAAGCAGUUUUCUAGUAGCAGCUGCUGACAUUUCCUUGAGGAAGACCGGUGUAGAGGAAAAGAGGGCUAAAGUAAGGAAUGACUCCAAAGUUCUGCUGGAGUAUACGCGAAAGGCAAUUUCAAGGCUUACCUAUUUAAAAAGAACCCUUGCACAGCUUGAGGAUGACAUUGCCCCUUGUGAGGCUCAGAUGGAUAAUUGGAAGACCAAUUUGGCAGUAAUGGCAUCGAAAGAGCGACAGUAUUUUCAACAACAUUCCAAUUACAAGGACAGCGACUUGUAUCUCCUGUUCCUCAUCUCCCAGAUAUUACUUCCAUUUGCAGCUGUUGUGGCGCUUCUCAACCGUGUAGGCUACACGCCGGAGAUCAACCACCGGGUUCUGGUCGAGUUAGCCGAGCACAGAAAGGAGCUCGAAAAGGAGACCAAACCCAUCUUGGAUACAUUGAGGAGUUACCAGGACUUGCCCGCGGACAAAGCACUGGCGGCACUGGCAAUCGAGGAGAAGAAGCGACAGUACGCCGCAGGGGAGAAGUACCUCGGAGACUUGGUCCAGGCCCUCGCAAUGCAACCGUGA